AUAUUCUUGAUUUCCCAGAAAAUGGAAAAGAACUUGAAUUGAAUUUUAAAGAGUUACACAUAAAAGAAAAAUGACACUAUAUAAAAGCAAUGACAUAAAAAGUCAAACUAAAAGAAGGUCUGUUCAUAGUUGAACAAGCCCAGAAGAUCUUAAAAGUCUUGAUCAAGUUGAAUUCGAUGAUAGUACUCUGACUCCUAACAAACACUUCAAAAAUAGACAUAGGAGAAAAGAAUGGAGGCUGAGAAGGCUUGAGGCAAUUGAUGAAGCUCAAUCUAUCUAAAAUUCAUUAAUUCAUAUAACUUUUAAACUAACCCAUAAACCUAGCUCUUCAAGCCUAAGAGAGAUCUUCUUCACCAUUUUGCCGUAAAUUUUCCCAAGAAGAAUGCCUAAUGCCAUGAAUGAUUUCUUUAUUCUAAUUUUAGAUAUCAAUUUUCUCUACACUUUCGGCCAAAAUUUUAAAAUUUCCCAAAUUGUUGUAUAUAUUCCUGAAAAGGUGCAGCUAAAUUAUUAAAAAUUUCUUGGUCGAAGUCUUGAACCGUUCGGUGAAAUGAUCCCCAUCAGACCUUCAUAUACAUAUUUCAUAAAUUUCUAAUAAACAGUGUCUAGUGAUAUUUUAGAUGUUAUAUAAUCAUAAGAGCACUAAACUGAGAGUACGGUUUGUAUACCCCAUAAUGUGUACAAUUCAGUGUACAAAUAAGUUAAACUGUGUUGGAAAUUGGUCUAUAUGACAUUCUUAUAACUUAUCGAGAACGAAUCGCUUACGUCUUUCACUUACUGACACCUCAGGCAUUCUUAACAUUUCCUGAAAUACAGUACUUGCUGUAUUCAGGGAUUUCCAAUCAUUAUGGAUACAACUUUUCUUCAUGAAACUUAGAAACCCCUCAAAUAGUCUAUUUGCAGUAUUAAAUCGUGGUUUAGAUAUCUAACAUCUGAGUGCAGAGAUAUGAGGUAGUGACUGAAUUUGGUAUAGAAUUGGUAACCCUCACUUAAUGCUUCAUGUCUAACUUGGAUAUCCAGUUUGGAAGCCUAAAUAUUCCAACUUUUAGGUAAAAGAAGUCAAUCUUUAUAAUAUCAAAAUAUAAAACACAAAAAUUAGGAAUUGGGUGAACUCAGCAAGGUUAUUAGAAAUAUGAAAGAGAAAGUAGUUCUUGAAAAAAUAUCUUUGGUCCAAGUAAUGGAGCCUAACUAGUACUCCAACUUCACUUCUAAGCAAUUCAGAUAGAGAGGGAAGGUUUUGUAGAUCAAAUGCGCUCUUGCCAUGAUUUUCCUAUGGUAAAUGCAUAUCUGAGAAUAAUGCACAUUUUUCUGGUUUUUAUGCUCAAAUCUUCGAUAAUUGCUGGCAUCUUAGAUCUGGAUUUUGACAAGUAAUUUUUCAUAAGGCAUGGCCAAAUUUUG